AUGAUCGGACUCAGACCGAAGUCGCAAAUACUCAGCUAUCGAUAUCUAGGAUCAUUGCAGACUUCUUCCGCCUCUCGUGGUGACCUGAGAAAAACGCAUGGCGUACGCAUAUUAAACAAGCAGACCAAUUUUGUUACCUGUCCCAUUUAUUACGCGACGUCUACUCCCCACAUUGGUCAUAUUCACUCUAGUGUAAUUGGGGACUUUUACCACCGUUGGAAUAAGAUAAACGAUGUCCCUAGUAAAUUCUCCAUCGGGACUGAUGAACACGGUCAAAAGAUCAUUCGCUCAGCUGCACAACAGGGCUACGAUCACCCAGAGCUGCUCGUCAAUAACAUCUCCGACUUGUAUAGAAGAACGUUUAAAAAAUUCUCCAUUUCUGUUGCCUCCCUCGACGAUGCAAUUUACAUGAGAACGACAAAUCCUGAGCAUCACGAGGCCGCCCAGAAGCUGUGGAGCCGGCUAAGAUCGAAGGGUCAUAUAAGAAUUAAGAAUUACGAAGGAUGGUAUUCGACACCAGAUGAAUCAUUUGUCGGAAAUAAAGAAAUAGUAGAAAAGGACGGCAAACACUUUAGUAGCGUAAACGGCCAUCAACUAGAAUGGAUUUCUGAAGAAAACUAUAUCUUCGAUUUUGAGCCAUUUUUAAGCGAAAUAGAAGCAUGGAUAGAAAAAGCUGUUACCCCAGAUGUUGCUAAAGUUUUAAUCGAUGAGCUGAAGGAGCGAAGAAAUACUGGCAACACCAGUCUUUCUAUUUCUAGGCCGAGAAAGAGAGUUCCAUGGGGCGUUGCUGUUCCUGAUGAUCCAAAUCAUACAAUGUACGUUUGGUUCGAGGCGUUAAUCAACUACUUGACCGCAGCUGGCUACGCAAGACAUGAAAACGCUCUCGAUUUCUGGCCGCCGCAACUUCAAGUUCUCGGGAUCGAUAUCGCUCGAUUCCACUGUAUUUAUUGGCCAGCGAUGCUUCUGGCUGCGGAUCUUCCUCUGCCCAAGAAAGUCUUCGUUCAUGGUCAUUGGACGCGAAAUGGAAUGAAAAUGUCCAAAAGUCUGGACAACUUUGUCACUCCAAAGGAGCUGCUCGAAUUAGUCGGAAAUCAAAGUGACGCUGUUCGUUGGUUCUGUCUCAAACAUGCUACCCUCAAGAACGUGGACUUUCAGGACGAGCUACUCAGAAUUCAGUCUGAUAGCGACUUGGCAAAUAAAAUCGCGAAUCUUCUCUCAAGAACCACUUCGAAGAAUCUCAACCCUAGUGGAGCAUAUCCGACUCUUUUCCCUGACUCGCUGUUAGAUCGCCCCGACGGCGAAAAAUAUCUCAUCGAAACUGUUCAAGAGUUGCCAGAAGUGUACGCGAAAUUUGUCGACCAAGGACAGCUUCCAAGUGCAAUGAACUGCGUCAUUCGAGCUGUUGAAGAAGGACUUCAAUUCAUGACAAACGAAAAGAUUUUUAAAUUGGAUAGAGAUAUAAAAAGUGAACGCAUGCAGAAAGAUUCAGCUAUUCAUGCAUGUUAUGAGCUUCUACGUGUUUCUGCUAUUCUUCUGCAACCUGCUAUUCCUCAGAUUUCUUCAAAAAUAUUAAACCGUCUUGGAAUUCCUCUUGAAAAUCGUUUUUACGAAGAUGCAGAAGACUCUUUUAGUGGCAUGGACGGUGACCAAUUCGAAAGAGUCGGCCGUCUUCUAGGCCCCAAUCAGGGGCAUCUUUUCAAGACAUCGGCGCUUGUGAAAAAGGAGAUUGAGCAAAUGGCAAAGUUCGAAGCUCAAGAACUCGCCAGAUACGAUAAGAAGCACCCGACCAGAACAGCUCCAGAAAAUGAAAUUAAAAACACGGGCAGGAAACAAAAAGAAAGGAUUAAGCAAAAAGCUAGAGCGAAAAUGGCCGAAAUUAAAGCAGCACGUGAUGCAAAGAAGCCGUUAGACAGAAGACAAGGCGAUAUGUCUGCUGAAGAACUAAAUAUGGACCUGCAUGAUCCUAACUUCCGAGCCCCAGAUUUUCCUAAUAGAAAAUGA